AUGACAACUCUAGCAUUAUCACUGGCACCACCGGCCCUUGGCCGGCUGCAUGAUGCCUUGAUAUGCCUGUCCAAAUUUAGCGACACCGUCGCCCUCGAGGCCGAGAACGAUCUACUUCGAUUGAGCGCAUUGAACUCUACCAAGACAGCCUUUGCGUCCUUUGUUUGUGCGCGGGAGCAGUUUUUCGAGACGUACGCCUUCACCUCUCGCGCUGGUCGAUCGUCGCAUCAGCAGGCUACGGAUCGUUUUCACUGCCAGGUGCUGUUGAAAGCUUUACUUUCAGUCUUCCGAGGAAGAGUUGAUCGGAAUAAAGAUACGGCGGUAGAGCGCUGCGAUAUGGAGCUUUAUGAAGACUCGCAGCAGGGAGAGUGCCGAUUAACGGUGAAAAUGAUAUGUGGCCUCGGUGUGAUCAAGUCCUACAAAUUGACCUACGAGCCUGCGGCCAUCCAGCAUGCUGUAUUUGACAGGAAUGGAUCGAUGAACCGAUGGACCGCAGACCCGCGGUUUCUGAGGCAAAUCAUUGAGCAUUUCAGCACGUCAGCAGAGCAGCUUGACAUGUAUUCUGAGAAGGGGAAGGCCGUGUUCACCAGUUUUACGACCAAGAUCACCGAUGGCAAAGAAAUCCUCAAACACCCUGUCCACACCUCCGUCGCAGCAGACAAGGGGGACUUUGAAGAGAUCAAUAUCGAAGACAACAUGCACAUUGCCAUUAACCUGAAAGACUUUAAAGCCGUGGUCGCUCACGCCGAAACAGCCAACGCGUCCGUCACGACCCGAUAUAGUCGGCCUUGCAAACCACUACAGAUGGCCUAUGCCUUCGACGGUGUGAGUGCAGAAUUUACGAUUAUGACCCGGGGCGAAGCUAGCGACGACGAGCCGGCGUCAACACGAGCAACGGCGCCGCAGCUUUCACGGCAGACCCUUACUCCUGCCCCGGUAAUGGUGAGCAGGACCCACGCAACUCGCAACACUACACAGAACACGCAGGAUACACAGAUGCCACCUCCUCCGUCACGCAGCCGACCAAUUAGGCCAUUGAAUGGCUCCUCGACUCAGGAACAUCUUUCGCAUAGACCAACAGCAGAGCGGCCGCCAACAUCUGCGACACCGGCAGACUUCGAUAGCCUUUUCGUGCCACAGGAUGAUGAUCGCCAGUGGGAUGAGAUGGAUGAACAAGAGGAACCGCAGGAUAUCCUUGGCUGGGAUGCGACCGGCGGUCAGGACGCUCUUGAAGGGGGCAUUCGAGAUGCGGAGCCCGACUUCACGAAAUUGUCCAAUUCAAACGGCGAGUCCAUGAAGGACGACAUGGGUAUACCUCCAACCCAACGCAUGUCCCAAGUUCGCGGUCUCGGGCUUUUCGAUUGA